AUGGCAGACCCACUAACGAUCAUCGGAGGCAUCACUGCAGUUUUGGAUCUGAUUUCAUUCGGAUAUAAGAUCAUAUCUGUGGCAGCAGAGCUCAAGGAGUCCACUGGGGAGCUAGAAAUCAACAAUGAGCGGGACAUCAUUGUCAGAGACAUUGAGGUAAUACUGGGAAACUUGCGACAAAGGAGCAAGGAUGAAGACCACAGCCUAGGGCGCCUCCGACAGAGUUCCUUGGUCAUUGCAACUGAAUUCAAAUCGGCCUUGGAUAAACUGAAGAUUCACGGCAACGUCACGAAAUGGAAGACCAUGAAGGUGGCAUUUGCCAAUAUCUGGGAUAAGAAAAAGCUCCAGGAGCUAGAUAGUCGACUGAGAGGGCUCACCUUGGAACUCAAUACACAUAUAACUGCCAACUCGAGUGUGUUGCUGGAAGAAAUGUCUGAAGCACAAAAGAGUCGCUUCGAAACCGUACAAACUGAUAUCUAUAAUCUACAAGACCAGAUUGCGGAGGCUUUCAGCCGGCAAGAAAACAAAAUGACUGCCCAGCUGACUGUAUUGAAGGAAGCGUCCACUGGGAUUGCCAUUGACACGACCGCGAUCCAAGGUAGGCUUGAGAGGAUGGAAAAGGGAGAUGAAAAACUACGAACCACCAUGGACGAAAUCCUCAAAUCAGGCACUGCUUUACAAGAGAAGUUAACCGAGGUAGAAAGAUUGAUGGAAUCAGCAUUUCCCGGUGAUGGCAGUGUACGCAGUAACGAACUGGAACGGGCUCGUGACGCUCUUCGCAAGGGCUAUGACCUACUUGCCUACCACACCUUCGAGAAAACUGAAGCUACUUUGAUGGAGAACGCUUCUACUGGAGGGUGGGAUCCCUCUCAGAUAUCAGCGACUGGCCAUACCUACUCUGGAACUUCCCUCGUGAUGGGGCAAGGUGUGCAUAUUCAAGGUGACCUCGGAGCGCCGAAUACCAAUAUCGAAGGGAGUAGAAAUCUUUACAGUGGACAUAGCACGACUUCAGAGAGAGGGACUCAUAUCCAGGGCAAUAUUAAUGACCCUCGACUCUUCUCUAUUUUACUGGGAGGCCGUGGCAAGUGA